AUGGUAAUGUUUUAAAUUUGUAAUUCUUUUCUUCCAGAUGGAAAUAUAUAAUUCUACAGUGAAGAAUGAAGAUUUUCCGAAACACUACGAGUUUGAGAACUUUUUCGAUCGCGAAAAGAACAUAAAACUCCUUGAAAACUACCGCCAUUUUUCACUUUACCUAGUACUUAUAUACUUCUGUACAAUAUACUGGCUGAAAAAUUACAUGAAAACACGUCCAGCAUUUAAUUUGAAGCCUCAGUUAGCAGUUUGGAAUCUAAUUUUGGCAAUCUUCAGCAUAGGAGCAUCUCUUCGACUGCUACCAACUCAGCUCCAUGCUCUUGGGUACGGAUAUGCAACAUCCGUUUGCAACAACUCUUUAUUCCUGAAUAGCCAAGCUACUAUAUUCUGGGGUAGUCUGUAUGUCUCUUCGAAAGUCCUGGAACUGGGGGACACUGUAUUUUUAAUUCUAAGAAAGAAGAAAUUGAUAUUUCUCCACUGGUACCACCACGCCGUUACCAUGACCAUGGUUUUCUACUUAGCCGAUCGUGCAACUGCCAUUGCCCAUUGGUUUACCAUAAUGAAUGUCAUUGUGCAUUCGUUCAUGUACACUUACUACUUUCUGAUGACUUUGGAGUUUAAAUUGCCCAGAAUUUUGGCAAUUUGUUUAACUUCUUGUCAAGUUCUUCAGAUGAUCAUUGGAAUGGUAGUUUGCUUCAGUUCUUUCCUCCUGUACAUGAUUGGAGUGAAAUGCGAUUUCCCUGUUUUCAUGGCUAAUGUCUGCCUUUUUCUUUAUGCUGUAUACUUUUAUUUAUUUACUCGAUUGUUUUAUGAUUUAUAUAUUUCUAAACCGAAAGCAGCGAAGAAGAUUCAGUAGAUCUCGAAGUUAAAAUGUGAAUGAUUAACGGUAAAAAUAAAUAAAAAAUAAAAAUAAAAUACAGUAAAACUUGUCUAAGAAGGACCCUUUAAAAAUCGUCAAUCCGCCUAAACAGAACUUGCCUACCUGCCUACAGAACAACCUGUAUAAACAGAAAUUAAACCCUGGAAACGGAACGAUUUACUACAUAAAAUAAUAACCAGUCUUCAAACCUGUCUAACGAGGAACGUAGCUAUUUUUUGGGUUCGAGCGGAAUGAUUUUCUGCGUUAAAAAAAGUGCUAUUGUCUUAAAACUUGUUUAAUGUGGAAAUGGAUGACUCUUGGCAUCUGAAAACGAAACAGUUUACUAUGUAAAAUGUCUUGAAACCUGUCUAAGACGGAAAAGGUAGCUUUUUUUAGGCCCGAAACAGAACGAUUUGCAUCCCAAAAUGCUAUUGUAACUCUCUAAACCUGUCUAAUGCGGAAACGGAAGGUAACCAAUUGCAUAAUGUAAUUUGUCCUAGAUGAAGCCAAAUUUUAGACUUAACCGCAAGUAAAUCCUGUUAAUUAAUACUGCAACUUGUAUAUUCAGGCCACGUCUCGACUGUAUAAAACAAAACAAUGAAAUGUUCGUUUUAAACAGGUUUCACUGUAUUAAUUUUAUGAAGAAUGUAUGCAUUUAUAAGUGUCUAUGAUAAGUAACAUAGAACUCAUAUAUUGUUAUAAAGGUUUUUAAUAGUAAUUUUUUAGUAAAAUAUGUUUCU